GCCUCUGCUGCUGCUGGCUCUCCUCGCCAUGGAGAGAGGCGUCUCGGGGUCGGAUACAGAGGAGCGAUUGGUGGAGCGCCUCCUGCACCCCAACCACUACAACAAACUGAUCCGCCCAGCGACCAACGGCUCGGAGUUGGUGACCGUCACGCUCAUGGUGUCCCUGGCCCAACUCAUUAGUGUGCAUGAGCGAGAGCAGGUGAUGACUACCAAUGUGUGGCUUACUCAGGAGUGGCAGGACUACCGUCUAAGCUGGAUCCCUGAGGAGUACGACGGCAUGCUGAAGGUCAGACUGCCCUCCAAACACAUCUGGCUGCCUGACGUGGUCCUCUACAACAACGCUGAUGGUAUGUACGAGGUGUCCUUCUACUCCAACGCGGUGGUCUCCCACGACGGCAGCAUCUUCUGGCUGCCGCCGGCCAUCUACAAGUCGGCCUGCAAGAUAGAGGUGAAGCACUUCCCCUUCGACCAGCAGAACUGCACGCUGCGCUUCCGCUCGUGGACCUACGACCGCACCGAGCUGGACCUGGUGCUACGCACCGACGUGGCCUGCAUGGACGACUUCACGCCCAGCGGCGAGUGGGACAUCAUCGCCCUGCCCGGCCGCCGUAACGAGAACCCGGCCGACCCCACCUACGUGGACAUCACCUACGACUUCGUCAUCCGCCGCAAGCCGCUGUUCUACACCAUCAACCUGAUCAUCCCCUGCGUGCUCAUCACCUCGCUGGCCAUCCUGGUGUUCUACCUGCCGUCCGACUGCGGCGAGAAGAUGACCCUUUGCAUCUCUGUGCUGCUGGCGCUCACCGUCUUCCUGCUGCUCAUCUCCAAGAUCGUCCCGCCCACCUCGCUGGACGUGCCGCUGGUGGGCAAGUACCUGAUGUUCACGAUGGUGCUGGUCACCUUCUCCAUCGUCACGAGCGUGUGCGUGCUCAACGUGCACCACCGCUCGCCCACCACGCACACCAUGCCACCGUGGGUCAAGCUGGUGUUCCUCAACAAGCUGCCCGCGCUGCUCUUCAUGCAGCAGCCGCGGAACAGCUGCGAGCGCCAGCGGCUGCGGCAGAGACGGAGGGCUCAGGAAAAGAGGGCCGGGGGCCGCGGGGGGGAGGUCGGGGGACUCAUGGUGGGGUUGGGGCUUGGGGGGGCCGGGGGUGGGGGAGGCGGGUUCGGCAAGGAGAACACCAGCCCGUGCACCUGCUAUGUCAACCGGGCGUCUGUCCAGAAGUUUGGGGGGGAGCUGGAGGAUGCAGGAGGAGGCGGCGUGACCAACACCCUGGAUGGUCUGAACGGGGUCCGGGAGGGCCAGGAGGGGGCCUCCAGGGACCUGCCCCGGGGGAAGCCAGCUCCAGGGGGGCCUGUUCUGACCCAGGCCCUGCUGGGACAGGCCUGUCCUGGGUUUGAGGAGGCGGUGGAUGGGGUGCGGUUCAUCGCUAACCACAUGAAGACUGAAGACGAUGACCUGAGUGUGAGCGAGGACUGGAAGUACGUUGCCAUGGUGAUCGACCGACUCUUCCUGUGGAUCUUUGUGUUUGUGUGCGUGGUCGGCACGGUGGGCAUGUUCCUGCAGCCCCUGUUCCAGAACUACACGGCCAAGACCAUCACCAGUACCGCGGGCUGAGGC